CAGUUUCCUGCCUGAGAGGGAAUAGAGGAACUCGGCUGGAGGAGGCUCAGCUGCUCCCAGCUGCUCCUCUCUGCUCCCCUCACCAUACACACCCUGGGCACCCAAAACCAGGGAGCAAACCCUCCCCACCAGGGAUGCAGAAGCCUUCUUGAUACAAGCAGUUCCACGGAGUCUUUUUCCUGUCACUUCUGAGGCUUUUUGGAGAAAUUUUGAUGAACCCGUUUUCCAGGCAUCUAAACACCCAGAGGAACUGCUGAGAUGUUCCGACAAGCCUUUUUUUCCACUCUUCUUUGUUUGACUCUAGUUUCUCUCCAUGCUCAGUUGGAUGAGGAGCCUGUUGCCUCCUGUACAGAAAAGACGGACUGCCCCAUCAGUGUGUACUUCAUCAUUGACACCUCAGAGAGUAUUGCUCUGCAGACUGUGCCAAUCCAGAGCCUUGUGGAUCAAAUAAAGCAGUUCAUCCCUCAGUUCAUUGAAAAACUGGAGAAUGAGGUCUACCAGAACCAAGUCUCCAUCACUUGGAUGUUUGGAGGACUUCAUUACUCAGAUGUGGUGGAAAUUUACAGCCCUUUAACAAGAAGCAAAGACAUAUACCUCACCAAGCUGCGUGCUAUUCAGUACCUUGGCCGGGGCACCUUCACGGACUGUGCUAUCUCCAACAUGACACAGCAGUUCCAGAGCCAGACGGCCCGUGAUGUGAAGUUUGCGGUAGUCAUCACUGAUGGCCACGUCACUGGCAGUCCCUGUGGGGGAAUGAAGAUGCAAGCUGAGAGGGCGCGAGACAUGGGGAUCAAGCUCUUCGUCGUGGCCCCCAGUGAGAAUGUCUAUGAGCAGGGACUUCGGGAGAUUGCCAGCCCGCCGCACGACCUGUACCGCAGCAACUACAGCAUCACACAGAAAAACGCCCUGAACAUCGACGAGAACACUAUUGAGAGGAUAAUCAAAGCGAUGAAACAUGAAGCCUAUGCUGAGUGCUACAAGAUGAGCUGCCUGGAGAUCGCAGGUCCUCCUGGUCCCAAGGGACUCCGAGGGCAGAAGGGUGCAAAGGGGAGCAUGGGUGAACCAGGCUCCCCUGGUAUGAAGGGACAGCAGGGUGACCCAGGUAUUGAAGGUCCAAUUGGAUACCCUGGUCCCAAGGGUGUUCCAGGGCUGAAAGGAGAAAAGGGUGAGAUUGGAUCUGAUGGACGGAGGGGAGCAGCUGGUUUGGCAGGCAGGAACGGCACCGAUGGACAGAAGGGCAAGCUGGGUCGAAUUGGACCACCAGGCUGCAAGGGAGACCGUGGUGACAAGGGCCCUGAUGGCUACCCAGGAGAUGCAGGAGACCAAGGUGAAAGAGGAGAUGAAGGCAUAAAGGGAGAUCCUGGUCGGCCUGGUCGCAGCGGACCCCCCGGACCUCCAGGAGAAAAAGGGAGCCCGGGAAUUCCAGGCAACCCUGGAGCUCAAGGACCUGCUGGAAUCAAAGGAAGAAAAGGUGAAACGGGACCCCCUGGACCCAAAGGAGAGCCUGGUCGACGUGGAGAUCCAGGGACGAAGGGCAGCAAAGGCGGUCCAGGGACCAAGGGAGAAAGAGGAGAUCCUGGUCCAGAGGGUCCUCGGGGCUUGCCCGGUGAGGUUGGAAGCAAAGGAGCAAGGGGAGACCAAGGACUGGCAGGACCCCGAGGCCCUUCAGGUGUUGCAGGAGAGCCAGGCAAGACGGGAUCACGUGGGGACCCUGGAGACUUGGGCCCAAGAGGAGACGCUGGACCACCAGGACCAAAGGGUGACAGAGGCAGGCCUGGCUUUAGCUACCCUGGACCCAGAGGACCACAGGGUGACAAGGGUGAGAAGGGUCAGCCAGGGCCCAAGGGAGGAAGGGGUGAGCUUGGACCAAAAGGAGCUCAAGGGACAAAAGGAGAGAAGGGGGAACCGGGUGAUCCUGGCCCAGCAGGUGAGCCUGGAUCUCGAGGACCAACCGGUGAGGCAGGCCCAGAGGGGACCCCCGGCCCACCAGGAGAUCCUGGCCUGACUGACUGUGACGUGAUGACCUAUGUGCGAGAGACAUGCGGGUGCUGUGACUGUGAGAAGCGCUGCGGUGCCCUGGAUAUCAUGUUCGUCAUAGACAGCUCAGAGAGUAUUGGUUACACCAACUUCACCCUGGAGAAAAAUUUUGUUGUCAACGUGGUCAGCCGGUUGGGCUCCCUUGCCAAGGACCCUAAGUCGGAGACAGGCGCCCGUGUUGGAGUGGUGCAGUACAGUCACGAGGGGACCUUUGAAGCCAUCAAGCUUGAUGAUGAGCGCAUCAAUUCACUGUCAAGCUUCAAGGAAGCAGUGAAGCGUCUGGAGUGGAUUGCUGGAGGCACCUGGACACCUUCUGCCCUGCAGUUUGCCUACAACAAGCUCAUCAAAGAAAGCCGUCGAGAGAAAGCCCAAGUGUUUGCUGUGGUGAUCACAGAUGGGCGCUAUGACCCUCGUGAUGAUGACAAGAACCUAGGAGCUCUUUGUGGCAGGGAUGUGCUCGUCAAUACCAUUGGCAUUGGAGACAUAUUUGAUCAGCCGGAACAGAGCGAGACCCUGGUCUCCAUUGCCUGCAAUGAACCCCAGCGAGUCCAGAAGAUGAGGCUCUUCUCAGACCUGGUGGCAGAGGAAUUUAUUGACAAGAUGGAGGACAUGCUUUGCCCAGAUCCCCAGAUCGUCUGCCCUGAGCUGCCCUGUCAGACAGAUGACAGGAACCCUGGGAACGUAAACCCACUUAUUUUCCGCCCCAUGGAAGAGGGAGUCAACAUAAAUUUCCCCAGCACCAUACAUUCGAUCGCCCAGUUCCUAAACGCCACGCGGGAAACCCAGGACCCCAGAAUGUACACCCAGCUGGUGGCCACUUUGGCCUUUACCGCCGAAAAAGCCAAGUUUGCCACUGGAAAUGAGCGGCAAGAGUGGAUGGACCUGUUCAUUGACACCUUCAAAAUGGUGCACAGCGAGAUUGUUGGGGACCCAGAAACCGUGCUAGGGCUUUGCUGAUAUCUCUGUUCUAGAUCACGUAAAGUGGGUGGAAGCAGAGGUUGAGCGGGUUGGAGAAUUGUUUGGCGCUGCAAUCGUCUUUCCUUGAGUGCCUGUUUGGCAGAGGGGCCAGGUACAUUGGCAGAAGCUUUUAGUUUAGGAGAAACACAGGCAGUGAAACAGCUUGGCUGGGCGCAGCCGGGGAUGUGACAAAAGGGGCAGACCUCUCCGGCUUGGCUGGGUGGCGAGCAUGGCAGCUUUCUCCAGAGAUGCUCUUGCUUUGCCUGCUGCUUUUCUGCAGGGAAGCUGCCAGGCCCUGGCAGGAUGGCAGCACUGCCUUGGUCUCUGAGCCAGCCAUGCUGCUGUCCUUUAUCUUCCUGCUCCUGCCGUGCUCUGGCAGCCUGGUGCAUCCCAGUCUUCAGCUGCACGUGAGUGGGAGGCUCCACCACAGAGACUGUGGCACAUGUGGCUGCCGGCCAGAGCCAGCCCCUUGUUGGCAGUGAACCCAGUGAUGCACUUUUCCUACUCUUUCCUACAUUUGUCUUUGCUGACUGCUUCUGAAGCAUCUUCUGUGUCCUCUUGCUGGCCUACUGUGAGGGCUCUCUUCAGGUCCUGCAAACCAGUUGUGUGGCAAGACUGGCAAAGCAAAGCACAUCUCUUCUCGCUGCAGUCAGUGUUCCUGUACAAGCACUCAGUAGGCAGUUAGGGUUACUGAAGGGGAAGAGCAAGGAGUACAAAAGGGGAGCAUCCCUGGCUUUGCAUCAAGAAGCAAAACCUGAGGAGUGCUUCUGUCAGAAGCUGUAUAAGCUGUGUGUGCCUUUUACUCUGCUUGUACACUUGUGUUUCCUUUGUCUUAAUUAGCUAUGUGUAUGUAUUCAUAUCUAGGAGACAGAGAUUAUAUAGGACCAGGAAGUCCUAAGCAAAAAUCCAUGACUGCACAAACCUCUGUGACACAUUGCAUAAGCUAUUUAAAAGCAAGUAUUUAAACUUGAUGUAGUCCAUGAAAUCCAUACCCAGUGCUAGUUUGGUUCAGAGAGAGUACAGACCCACCACUAGUGCUGGGGAUAGAUUCACUUUGAUGAGGAGUGAUAUUUCCAUGAGCUUGGCUACCACUGGUUUUCACAAAAAGUCAGGUAGAUGACUGCCAUUUGUGUCUCCGGAAUAUUUACUGACCUCUAAACCUGUAAGGAGAAAACAGAGCAUUUUGCAUGCCCAUGCAAACACAGAAGUGUUUACUGCCAGCAAGUGGAUCUUGCAGUCUCUCUAACUGACAUGGUAUUAUUGCAAUAAAGUAUACUGAGCAAACGUCAUAUUUAAUGGGCAGAAUGGAGAUGUACAGUCUUUAAAAAUGUGGUUGGGCUAUAAUGAACUCUGCUGCAAGGUGUGUAAAGGGGAGCCAGUUGCCGUACUGUAGCCAAGCUCAGAAACAAGCACUGGAACAAGGAACUUGCCCACUUUGAACAUUUUACAGUGUUUUAUUUCAGCUCCAUUUCAACAUCUGGGGCUUGCCAAUGCACGUUAGAAGUUUUCCAGUGACAGACACACAGGAGAGAUGUUUAUGUUGUUCAGCACAUGAACAAGCCUGGCACGCUGCACC